CCUCUUCUAGGUCGUAGGAAGACAGAUUCAGGGAUACCACGAAACAAGAAGGUACUCUCAGUUUCAUCCCCUUCUGGUAUCUUGAAACUGAUUGCCAUUCUCCUCAUAGUGCUUCUCAUCUCCAACGUGUACCUUUUCUUCCAACUGAGGAGCAUGGAAGAUCAAAUGGUACUUUCUCACUGUCCCCUCAUCGCGUUACGACGAAGGCAUCCCCUUCCGAUUCAGACUGGG